GUCAGAUUCACGCUUCCUCGUAGUCGGCAACGGCCAAUGGCAGCACCACUCAAGCCUUGGGAGCGGGGAACAGCAACCAUUGCCGUCGCAUCAUCGCUAACUCCGACGAGCUUAUCUUCAGAACUACCUUCAGUGCCUCCACGUCCCCCAGCUCUCUCCAACUCAUCUCAGCCAUCAUAUAAUUCGCCGUACUCUCGCUUUGGGUCGACGUACUCGCCUUAUGGCUAUGGUGGAAUGAGCAGCGGUUACGGUACCUCCUAUGGUGGAUAUGGCAUGAAUGGCAUGUACGGCACCAUGCCAGGAAUGCCCGGAAUGGGCACGUACCCUGGUAUCGAUCCCAACAAUCCUUCCUUUUCGCAGACGCUCGAAGCCACAACCCAACACACCUUUUCCCUUCUCCACUCCAUGGUCCAGACAUUCUCGGGUGUGGCACAAAUGCUCGAGUCCACAAUCAUGGCGACGCACAGCUCAUGUUCGGCAAUGGUCGGUGUCGUUGAGCAUUUCAGCCACCUCCGCAAUGCCUUGGGUAGUGUAUUAAGCAUCUUCGGUCUUUUACGGUGGAUGAAGGAGUUCAUCGCGGGCCGCCCCAGCUCCACAAGCAUCCAGAACGAAUUUAGAGAGUUCAUUAGAGGCAAGCCCAUCCAGGGCCCAAUGGGUGCUCCUCCUAUCAAGCCCAGCCGAAAACCCAUUAUAUUUUUACUCGCUAUUUUCGGCGUUUCAUACGCCAUGAUGAAACUCAUAAAAAUACUCACUGAACGCGCGAUGCAAAUUGGUCCUGGUUCCCUUGAUCCGUCUACGCUUACUUUUGCCCGCGCAGUAUAUCCAUUCACACCUUCAUCUCCAUCUGAGCUUGCGCUCAGGGAGAAUGAAAUCGUCGCUAUCACGGGCAAGUUGGAUCCUAGCACCGGUGUGGAAGUGGAUCCACGGUUAGAGGUGGAGAGUGAGUGGUGGAAAGGUCGGACGCGCGAGGGUCGUGAAGGUUGGUUCCCGAAGAGGUGGGUUGAGGUUCUCGAGCGGAGGAAAUCCGCGGAAGAAGAUAAGAAGAUGGUUUGAGUAUCCCAUUCGCUUUUUG